AUGGCGAACGCGCCAGUCCUCGAUCUAGAAGCAUAUCCCACAGCCAAGGAAUUCGUGUCCAGAUGCUAUGAAUUCUUCCGUGAGGUCAAGAACUUAACACCGGGCAAAGAGCUCGAGGCUCGGCUGAACCGAGACUACGGCCCUGGCAACGCCUACUACGAAGAUUUCUGUCGGUACAUGAAAGCCGGGCUGGCGGAAGGAUGGGUCGCGCAGACGGAGCUUGAUGGGCCCAAGUACCGCCGUGGACGCAUCGCCGCACCCUGCGAAGAGAGCAACUACAUCUCCAUCACCACCGUGUACAUGAACUCGGUGGAGGAGUACCGCGGCCAAUACCACCAGCAUCCGUACGGGGAGAUCAAUUGUGUCGUGCUGCUGGACGAGGGGGCCGAGCUGAAAGGUAUGCAAGGCUGGCAAGGCGCAGGUUGGACGAGUCCAGGCCCAGGGACGCAUCAUUACCCUGAAGUCAGGGGUGGGGCGUUGGUUGCGCUGUUCUUCUUGCCCGCGGGGAGGAUCAGUUAUGACGCCACGCCGGAUAUGCCUCAACCUCUGUCGGUUUAG